AAAAAGUACAGACACUAAACUAUGAGAACAAGAAAAAGUCAUCGUCGAGUUUCUCUAAAGCGAUUUCCAAAGACUCAAAACUUGAUAUCGGAAGUCCAAUGCAUAUCCAUAUGAUGAUCUACACGCCCAUGAUGACAACAUUUCUGGUUCUCCUGGCUUUCCUCAGCGCCCUUCCAACACUUUAUGGCGCAGCACCCGAAAGCGCAGAUGUGAACAACGAACCCACAGACAACAACCUGGAUUCAGAAAUGCAAGGCAUUCCCUUACCCGAUAGUAUUCUCGAUAUUGUGUCGGCUGAUGGCACUACAGACGAGUCAGGACCAUGCAAACGCGGCGUAAAGUCCUGGUUUUCUCCAGAUUUUGGUGGUAACUGGGCCAACAGCUGGAAUAUUAUCAAAGAGUCUUAUGGAAAACAGAAUCGAGACGCUGUUGUGGAUCCGACGGGUGGAUCUAAAGAUCUUGUCUUGGAGGUGACAUAUCCUGCUGGGAGCCGUAAUCCCGGAGGAAAAAUUGUAGGAGGAACAGGAUUCUAUGCCAAACCCAUUGACUUGUCCACCGCCAAGUCCGUUAGCCUUUCGUACCAAGUGUUAUUCCCAAAAGGCUUUAACUUUGUCAAAGGCGGAAAACUCCCGGGUCUUUACGGAGGACACCCCAGCUGCAGCGGGGGUAACAAAGCCCUUGACUGCUUCUCCACCCGCUUCAUGUUCCGCCAAAAUGGACUCGGCGAGAUAUACCUUUACGUUGACCGUAACCUCCAAGACCCUUCCUUUUGCAAAGUCAAGCCAGUUACUAUUUGCAACCCGACAUAUGGUGCCUCCAUGGGCCGAGGCGCAUACCACUUCACCCCCGGAUCCUGGACAGCAGUUUCCCAAACAGUUGUACUAAACAGUUUUACGAACGGUAAACCCAAUAAGGACGGUAAAGUGACUGUCUACGCUAACGGAAAGAAAGUUAUUGAAUUCACCAAGGCGGUAUUUACUCCUGAUCCAAAGAUUGGAUUUGAGGGAAUUGAUUUUGAAACGUUCUUUGGUGGAAAUGAUAAUAGUUGGGCAACUCCUACGACCCAGCGUUCCUACUUUAGGGAGUUUGUUCUAUCCGCUUCGUAAGGAGUGUGCAAGUUGGGAGGUUUUAGGAGAGUGUAAAUGUAUGUAGAAUGUUCACGCACAGUUUCGAAAUCAAAGAAUAUUAGUUUGCUGUUGGUGCUACGUG